AUGGGCAAGAGCAGGAAGGCCUACAAGAAGCUGAUGCGCUCGUUCGAGCAGCUUGGCUUCCGUCAGCCCUAUCAGCUGCUCCUGACUAGCGACAUCGUGCUCGAUACGGUCAAGCUUGAUGUCAUGAACCUGUUCCAGAAGACGCUCAACACCAAGGACAUCAAGCCCAUGAUCACCCAGUGCUGCAUCCGCGCCCUGUACGCAAAGAACAAGCCCGGCCCCGACCGGGACCCGAACGUGCCCGCUGCCAUCGAGCGCGCCAAGACCUUUGAGAGGAGACGCUGCGGCCAUAUGAUGGACCAGGACCCUUUGACCGAGCGCGAGUGCAUGCUUUCGGUUGUCGACCCCAAGGGUAAAGGGGAGAACAAGUUCCGUUAUGUGGUGGCGAGCAAUGAUGAGUGGUUGAGGCACAGGUUGAGGUCGGUGGUUCCUACGCCACUGAUGUACUGCCGCAGGAGUGUCAUGAUCCUCGAGCCCAUGUCGGACGCAUCACAGCAAAUCAGAGACAGGGAGGAGCGUCAAAAGUUCAAGGAUGGUAUCAUCAGAAGGCCACUGAAGAGAAAGAUAGAAGACGGCGAAGAGGAAGAAGCCUCCGAAGGCGGUGAUUCCGACAGCGAGGCCGAGGGCGAGGGAGCCAAGAAGGAAAAGUCAUUGAGAGAUGCUGCUGCUCCAGACGCAGGUUCCGCGGCACCGGAGAAGAAGAAGAAAAAGAAGAACUACGGCCCCAAACAGCCAAAUCCCCUGGCUAGGAAGAAGGCCAAGAACGAGGGAGACGACAAGAAGCAGAAGAAAUCGCCAUCAGACCAGCAACAAAAACCGAAGAAACCCUCAGACGUAAAUGCGGAAUCGACGGCGGAGGGCAAGGCUAAGCGGAAGAGGCGCAAGAAAACCGCCGGCGGCGCCGCGGAGGGUGGAGAUGGUGCGGCCGGCGAGGGUCAGGGUCAAGGGGAGGCGGCUGCCAAGGAGGAGUGA